AUGGCCUGUCGUACGGCUGUCGUGAUCAUCAGGCACGCUGUCGCGAGCAUAUCUACACCGGGGUCGAUGGUUCGCACCGUGCGGCGCACAGAACUGGUGCAGAGCAUUCUAGUGAAAAUCCGCAUUUUGUGUGCCUUGUUGGAGUCAGUGCCUUUUGCAACUAUCAUUGCUUCACGCCUUCGCUCCUCCGGAACUGACGACUUUUCCGUCUCUGCCAACUGCGUGGGAAGACCUGGCACAACCCUUGGCACACCCACCUUCAAUCUCGCAUCGAUGGAUCAACCAGAAGACACAUCGGGUGUUAGUGCAGGCGACCUCUCUGAUAGAUGCAGCUCAGGUUCACUUCAAGGAACAUCUCCAGAUACUACCCCAGACCUCCCUAAGAUUGCAUCAUCACCUGUUAAAACAAAGGAACUCACACCGGACCCAGACCGUCAAACGACCUCAAGCAAGAGCUUCCCCAGUGUAGAGGUCCCGGGCGAAUCGGCAGAUCAACUAGUCACAAACAACGAGCAAAUAAAUUUUAAGAGAAAGGCUGUAGAAGAAACCAAAGAUGGGAUACAGCCGAAAAAAACCAGGCUUGAGACACCGCUAGAAGAGCCCUCCUUGAUACCACCACCUCUCGAUCCCGAGACUGAUGCACUUAUUGAUUCUGUGUUGUCUGGGGGUGGGAAGUUCCUGUCCGAAGACUUUUGGGUUCAAGACCCAACGCCGUUGCCAGAUCCUGCCCAUCAUUUAGAGCCUCCCAAACGACCUAAUGAUCAUGGGGUGAAUGUGGAAGAGGCUUCGCGCCAGCAUGUGGGUGGUUUAGCUCAGGGAGUGUCUCCAGAAGUGCUGGAAAACUCUCCACAUCUCGAGAAGAAAUGGUUUACCAGUGCAUACCAGCCGAUGACGUUUGAACAUGCGUUGCCAGGAGGCGUCGUCGGGGCGUUCUCAAAUUAUCGUGGGCAUCUUGGGAGGGACAGGGGGGGGAUAGUCCCGUCAAGCAUGAUGCCAUCUGCACUGGCCCGUGAAGUUGGACGUUCAAAUACUGUGGGAAGCUCUUCUUCGUCAUCUGCUAACAUGCUUGGAGACCAGAAGCAUACAGGGCAGGCUUCCCAGUUGGAAGGGUCACUCAACGACUAUUCAGGUGACGAUACAAACACGUUUCAGGUUCCUAGAGAAUUGAAGCAGUCGCCUGCAAAUAACACAAGAGAACAACCAGAGGGAAACGUGAUUACUAGCUCUGACAACUCCCUUCCCAGAAGCAUACUGUCUUCGAGCUUCGCGACAAACGCUGUUAAAGAGUUGCCUUCCGGAAUCACGGGGACGGUCUCGUCGGCAUCACAGAAACGACAGUACCGAUCUCCACUGCCGCUCUACAUGCAACGCAGAAUUCUGAUUUUCUUUAGGUUGCUUGAGAGUAUGUAUCGAGGGAUUUCUGAUGAGGUUCUUGAAAGCCAUCCGUUCUACAGGCACCCUGGAAGGCAGCCACAGAUGAGCACAAAACUCUUCAGAUUGUCUAUAGCUGUGACAUUCCGUCAAGUUAAGCAGGCCCCAAUUUCUACAAUGGCGCAAUGCAGGGAAAUCCUGAAGAAUAAGUCGCUCACUGUCGAGGAGUUCGAAAUGCUUGUGCAUCACGUUGAGCGGGUGUUUGGACAUGCAACCGGAUCCAUGCAUAUAGGUGCUGCUCAGCCAGCGCUGAAGGCAGUGGCUCUUCUGGGGCAUAUAUUCCUGGUUGUUGACAUGCUGUACUGUGCGGCGGAAGUGUUGGGGGAAAACUCUAGGAAAAACGUUUGGUGGCCUGAGGUCAUGCAUCGCAUUGAAGGAUCCCGGUACUACCUCCCCCGUAUGCCUGACUUCUCUGAGUCGCCGUCCUGGAUUACUGGAAUGGCAUGUGCUCUGAACACCGCGCUGGAUUACUACAGACGCGGCUUGAGGCCCCCCGCUCGUUUGGUAGUUGGUCUGAAGGAAAAGCUGUUUUGUGAUCCAGCCAUAAAGAAAUUCCAGAUUGUCUCGUGGGAUCCUUGGAGAACCGAUGCCGCAGAUUGGCGUCGGUGGGUGACGAACAGAAAGCAAGCGGGAGGAGAGGAAACCGGCGAUUCGGCAGGUCGCAGUUGA